CGAGACAGACAGAUAGAUAGAUAGAUAAAUACUGGUGCUGUGGUUGUAACUUGCAAGAAGCAGAGGCACACAAGAAAAUCCAUGGCAGCGAGAUCGGCAGCCGGGCGCUUGCUGGUGAUCCUGCUCGCCGUCCUCCUCCUCGCCGCCUGCUGCGAUGCGGCUCGUUUCGCAAGGAGUUACAGGUCGGCGACGAUGGUGGAGGCUCCGGCGCGUCCGGGUGCUGCUGGUUCAUCAGAGGAUGACGCGAGGACAACCGAUGAGAUCGUGGAGGAGAUGUUCGGAAGGAUGACUCUGCAGACAACAGAUUACCCUGGUUCGGGCCCAAACGAUCGCCACACUCCCAAGGCACCCGGUACAUGAUGCCGGAAGCCAAAGGAAGCAGCUUUUCUAGCUGAAUCAAUCAUGACGGCGUGUACAGAGAGAUUAAUCAGUAGACUCAUCGAUCGAUUAGCAUCUGCUACUACUAGUAACAGUUGUCACCAUCAAUUGUAAAUUCUUGUAUCUGUGCGAGUUCUAUCUGAUUUAUCAUGCAUGGUCAGAGGUACAGGGGUUAAUAUUGUUUUGCUGCGUUUCAGACCUUACUAAUACCGCAUACUUUUUUUUUAUGUUGCAUUCAACGAAUAACUAGACGAAAUGAUGCCCAGUUGGAUCUAGAUGGUUUUGUUUUAGAUGGAACUUCAAGGUUGUUCAUCACUGGUACACAGGGAAGUGAAAUGUGAAAAGAUCUUCACCUUCGCUAUUCGUCAUGCAACUAUGGAAAACAAAAAUUUCGAUCAGUUCCUAAAAUUUGUGCUC